UCAGGAGUGUCUCCUCCUAACUGUGACGGUGCUGCCUGCAUGUCUGCCUGCUCUCUGUGUGGUGUCAGCUAUCAUUGCGCAGCCGCAGCCCGGGGUGACGAAGAUGGUGAUCAUCAAGGAAUAUCGUGUAGUGUUGCCACUCUCUGUGGAAGAGUAUCAAAUAGGACAGUUGUACUCUGUGGCUGAGGCCAGCAAGAAUGAGACGGGAGGAGGAGAAGGCAUAGAGGUGCUGAAGAAUGAACCCUACGAGAAGGACGGAGAGAAGGGACAAUAUACACAUAAAGUAUACCAUCUAAAGAGUAAAAUCCCAAGCUUUGUGAAGUUGAUCGCACCAGAGGGAUCAUUUGUUUUUCAUGAAAAGGCCUGGAAUGCCUACCCGUACUGUCGUACCAUCGUGACGAAUGAGUACAUGAAGGAUGAUUUUAUGAUAAAGAUUGAGACGUGGCACAAACCUGACAUGGGAACAACAGACAAUGUCCACGAUCUGGACACGCAGACAUGGCCGACUGUGGAUGCUGUGGACAUAGAUAUUGCAAACAACAACCAAGUGCAGGAGAGGGACUACAAGUCAGAAGAGGAUCCCACUGUCAUCCCCACCACCACUCCCUCCACUAAGAGGAGAGGACCCCUGAGCCCCGAGUGGAAGAAAGAGCUGAACGCAGACUGGCCUUACAUGUGUGCGUACAAACUGGUCACUGUCAAGUUCAAAUGGUGGGGUCUGCAGAACAAAGUGGAACACUUCAUCCAUGAGCAAGAAAGACGUAUUUUUACCAACUUCCACCGUCAGAUGAUCUGCUGGUUUGACAAAUGGAUGGAUUUUACCAUGGAGGACAUUAGGCGGAUGGAAGAGGAGACUCAAAAAGAACUUGAGGAGAUGCGGCAGAAGGGAGACGUGCGAGGCACUUGUCCAACGGAAGAGUAGAAGCCCGUCACUGUAGGUCAAACACUAGAGGCAGGCUGACUGCGUAACACAGGUCCAGUUCGAGGCACCACUGCUGCUCAUGAGCAAUGAGGCAAAUCAAACCAAACCCUGACCUGAUGACGUCAUCUGAGACACGCCCACCACGACAAGGAAGUGACCUCCACCCAAUCGCAAGCCUCCUGUUCACCCAGAAAAUCAUAGUUAAAAGAAAAGGAAAAAAAAAAGAAGAAGAAUCCUGUUUUUUUGCAUACACAUAAAAAAAAGGAAAAAAAUGCACAUAAUGUAAAUUGCCUGAUAAUGUAAUUGUUAGUUGAUUAUUACAAUGGGCUAUGUUUUUAUUCAGGUGCGUCAACUGUAACUUAAAGUCGAGCCUUUUGAAUGGAUUUAGCUUUUAUGUCGACAGAUUCCCACGUUAAUUGGUAUAAGACGACUUUAGCAGGUUUUGAACCAUUUCUGCUCCUUUGUAUAAUAACUCUACUGAAACCCUCGUCUCCCUUCUCUGUGUUGUCUAUAUUCUUGUCUUGGUAAAAAAGAACAUUUGUCUAGAUCUCCUCCCCCUGCGUUUCACUGUCUUUGGCAGUUGGUCGGGAAUACUGAUCUGUUUUUUUUGUUUGUUUGUUUUUCGUCCCCUUUUCUUUUAGAAUUUUUAUAUUUCAGGUUAAACAAAGUCUGCUUUACGGUUUAAAGCAAAUCUGCUCAUGCAUGAACGGUUCUCUGCGGUUAGUUCCUCCUCCUCCUCCUCCUCCUCCUCCUCCUCUUCCUCCCUCCCGCUCACGUGCAUGUGGACAUCAGCAGAAACCCCUCAGUGAGCUGCCGGUUGCAUGAGUGCAGUUGCUGCAGUGCAGCUGUUGAUCAGAGAGUGUGUUUGUACUGCCAGUGAUUCUGUGCUCGUGCUCGCGUUUUCCGCUGCAAUGCUGCAAUAACCACACAGCAUCAUUAUUUCAGUUAUUAUUAAGUCAGAAAAACAUGUUUGCCGUUUGCUUCCAGGUUAAAGUGUCAAGUAUUAAGUGUGACCUUCUCUUAAACCUGGAGCCCUAAAUAAUGUUGUUUGUCUUACUUUAUGCGGCGCAGGCCCAGAGCCCAAGAUGAUUCAUUAAUACUUAAUCACCCCACUGCCCCAAAUAGUUGUACAAUUUUAACAUAUUAAAGGAAAUGCAGAUCUCUUUAGAUACAUGUUGACAUGUGAACAGUGUUGAGCUCGAGUUCUCUGCUUUUAUUUUGUAGGUGAUAGCUCAGUUAGUGCACACGUGUGCAUCUAUUUCUAAAGUUUUAAAAACCAAAGUCAUUAACCUGGUUAACUGGUUUAGUUCAAGGUCAGUAUGAGCACACCGAGUGCUUGACUAUGAAUACGAGGCCACGUCCUCUAAGGUCAGUGUACAGAACACCACUCUCAUUAAUGCAGUUCAAGUGUUACGUUCAUCGCCUACUCUGGGAUGGUGGCAAGGGGGCCCCAAAUCAAUCUCAGCUGAGGGCCCCAUAAAGGCUUGUGCCGGCCCUGACUGCUUGUCCGUUCACAUCAUUCCAUUCCAAAUGCUAAUGAUGACAGAAUUUGACAGAGAUGAGAUAACAAAGGUGGUGGAUCCCUGUGAUGAUGAGUGUGUGUGUGUGUGUGUGUGCACGUGCACGUGCACAAGUCACCGUAGUUCACUUUUCUUUCUUUCUCGCGCUCACAGUUAAAACACUGGUUUCAGGCGGCGGUGUGGAUGUUUGUCACAGCUUCUGAGAGACGAGCAUUUUAGGCUGUAUUAUUUAUUCUCAUCCAUGUUUUAUUUGCAUAAAACAAAGAGUGUAAGGUUGUGCUGAACAUUUGUUAAACUGCUUUACCAACAGACUGAAUGAAUGAGACUUGAUCUGUUUUUAUUUCUCUGGGGGCUACAUUGACUUGACUUUUAAAGGUCGAAGCUGCUGAGUUUACGACUCUACUUUUAAUCUUGUGCGGCUACUUUUGGCCUCUCUGAAAACUAUUUUGUGAUGUUUUAUAUGAUCAGAUAGCUUUGUGACAUCUCUGAAGUCAGGCGUGAGAGUCUCCAAAAUAUGCCGUCGUUACCAUUGUGUGCGUGUGUGUGUGUGUGUGUGCGUGUGUGUGCGUGUGUGUGUGGCGGACAGGUGAAAGCAGAUUACAACGUGUUCAUUGUAAUAGAAAUAAACAAAGUACAUCCAGACACUGGAUUGAAUUGGAGGUUCACACGUCUUUACUGUAACUGCUGAAAGGAAGUUUGUGGUGUUGUCACGUGAGGGGAUGACGGUGGUCAGUCCGUAUGUUUCCAUGCUUUGACUUUUAAUGAAUCCACGUCUUUGUCCCUAAACACAAGCACUAGUUGGGACUUGGUUUAUUGAAGGAAGUGUGUCUGUCUCCACUACACUAGGGGUCAGUUUGCAUCCAUGAACUUAAAAAUACCCAAUUCCUUUAGCUGGUGGAACAUUGUUGGUCCAAAGUCUGAACCUGCCUGAAUGUCACCAUGUUGUUGUUCCAGCUUUUUAUUAUUAUUAUUAUUGUUAUUAUUGUUAUUAUUUAUUGGUGUUAGCCGUGCAUUGGAAAUGUGGAGCAUGUCAAAGUAGCUCGACUUUCAAUCACAUUAUCUGGGUGUUUUAGCCUGAUUUUUUGAAUUUAGCACAAUGUCAGUCAGAAUAACAUAUUUACAUGUGUUUUUAAGUCAAAUAUUUAUUUUUAUUUCUAACGACUCUGCGUGUGAAGUAAUAAGAGAAGACUAUCGUAGCGAUGUUUACAUGUGCAAAGUUCCCAAAAGAUUUGCUCCAACUGGAAUUUACAAUUCUGUUGUUUACAUGGACGUGAAAUGAUGUUAUCAGAUUGUGGUGUGUACACACACAUCAAGUGUUGUCUAAUUCUCCAACACUAGAAGCAGAAGACGCAGAAGAAGAAGAAGAAGCUUCACUUGUGUUUCUGUUACGGAAAUACAGAAGUAACCAAACAGAAACAUGUAAACAUGUAAACAUGUAAACAUGAAACACAGGCCAACGCUGUCGCUCAGAAUGAAACACAGCUGGUGACAUUCAGGCUGGUGGAUUGUUGUAAAAGAAGUUCAUGUUAGGAAGACUUGGACAGGAAGUGGAAGUGGAUUCAACUCAUUAAGUCAAUUGACGACAUGCACGGUCACUAUUUCCAGUCCGCUGUCGCCAAAGAUGCAGGAGUUCUACAGAAAUGAGAACAUACUAGAGAAUCUAGGGAUGCUGCAGGGUCGUCCCCUCAUGAAGCUGAAAUGCAAACACCUUUUUUUUUUUCAUUGAAGCCAUGUUGAAUCCCUCAGGGCUAACUACUGAACGACAGUGUUAACGUUUUCGAUCGAUAUCAGAUGUUUUACUCUUAGUCACAACUGACCAGAAGACGCUGGCUUAUGUUAUAGCAGGAAGUUGUAAGUGGCACACUAGUGCUUGUGUAUUGGGACAAGGACAGUCUAGUUCAGCUAAGUAGUCAAGCAACAACUGUAGCUGUGCAUGGAAAUGUACUGUGGUUGUGUGUGUGUGUGUGUGUGUGUAAAAUGGACCAAACGUAUCCACCUGUUGUCGCUCAAACUAUACCAUAGUUGAACUGAACCUCAUCUGUGCAGACCAGUGUACGGCUGUGGACAUGGAGCCAUUGCAGCAGCAUCAUUAUCCACUACAUGAGACCAAGUUAAUUUACUAAAAAAAAAACUAAACAAACUAGGUUUAAUCUGCAUGCUCAACACGUGACGUAUGUCAUUCUCCCCCCAGUUUCUGUUUGAUUUGUAAGCUUUUAUAAGUUCUUGAACUGCAUCAGUUGAAGAUUCAAUGAAAGGUCAGAUCGAUGCAGCCUGACCUUGUGUCUUCUGAUGGAGUGAAAAUCACCCUGUGUGAAAGACUUGAGCGGCUAGAAGAGGCUGAGUGAUGCACAGUGGUUUGACCGUGAGGGGAGGUAUUAGAAGUUUAGAGAGCAGACCCCGCCCCCAAUCCAAAAUACUGUUUUCUUUAUUGCAAUCAUGAAGAAGCACUUGCAAAAUCUACUGUCAUUUUUUUUAUGUUUCCAAAAAAAGAUUCACAAUGUAUUAAAUUUUCUCUUUUCUGAUAUGGCAAAAUUCAGGGGGAAAAGAGUAGUGAAUGUAAAACAGUCAUUUUUUUGUUGUUUUUUCACAGCUGUCGCGCUGUGACAGAAGGUCUAGACAAUGGAACAUAACAGAAUAUCUAAUAAAUUUGAACAAAUAAGA